AUGACACGUUCGCUGCCACGUCGCAAGGGUUAUAUACCAGAACCAGGGGCUUUGCUAAACCUGCUUAUGGAGGCAAAUCACUGUGACGAUAAACUGUUGAAACUGGAAUCUCUUACAGACUUCUAUAGCAAAUACGGACUAUUUCGUUAUGAGAACAAAGUGUAUAUAUUUGACCCAAAAUUAACACAAACGGUCAUCAAUAAACUUGAAAAAGGUGCCGGGGACUAUUUGGACAAUUCGCCGCUCAAGGAUACAUUUUUGGGGUCGUCAAGUCGGAAUCCGGAAAUUCGAAGAGCCAUUGCAGAACUCUUCCGUAAGUCAACUUUGCACGGGAAAGGAGGACUGAUAAUCCAAGAUGUCGAGAACAUGUGUACUCGAAUGCAGAAGGAAUCAGAAGCAGGCCAGCUUAUAAACAUGACAGACUGGAGUCUUCGGAUGGCGCUUGACAUUGUUGGUCACAUGUUACUGCAGCUUGACCUGUUUGCACUCGAGGGCCAGCAGUCUGAACUGAUACAGAGUCUACUAACCAUAUUGCACAAAUGCUACGCUAUGGGGGAGAUCACCCCUGAGAGCCCUGAAUUCCGGUCGGCGGAGGCAGCCCUGGAGCGGCGGACGACGGCCAUCCUGGAUUCUGCCCUCGGAGUCGAGGACAGAGGCGCUGAUACCCGACUCGUGGUUAGGCUGCAUGAGGCGUGUGGCUUUAACCAGGCCCGUGACAACAUGAAGCUGUUCAUAAUGGCGGGCUCGGAGACGACGGCCUCCACCAUUCCCGUGCUCAUCUAUCUGCUGACAACCUUCCCGCUUGUACAGGAAGAACUACGGAAGGAAGCAGAUGACAAUAUCGCGGCCAUGAGGAAGCAUCCUGCACUUCCUCUCCCCAAAACCGAGGCUGUGCUUCGUGAAGUUCUUCGUGUGUACCCCAUCGCGCCGUUCAUCAGCAGACAAACGACACAAGAUCUCACCAUCGGCGAUAUCACUUUUCCCGCUAAUACGGAUAUUAAAGCUUUCACCUGGGGAAUUCAUCGGUCUGCUACCCAGUGGUCCAAACCAAAAGACUUUAUUCCCUUCCGGUUCUUGGAGCCCAUUGUUCGCUCUGCGCAAACCAUGUACAUUCCAUUUGGAGCCGGGUCCAGGAUAUGUAUUGGACAACAUCUCGCAAUGCUUGAACUAAAAAUAGCAUGUGCAAUGAUGGUGAACCGAUUUAAGUUCGAAAGGGUCAAGGAAACACCCGAACUACGAUUCGUUACGGACUGGGCUCAUGCUGUUGUUCACCCGGACAAAGACAUGUUGUUUCGACUCACACCAAGAUAG